GUUUCUGUGUGUAAUAACUACUGCCCCCCUGGUUAUCAGAAGAAAAAGAAGGAAGGGGGUAAAUUUUGCUGCUAUGACUGUGAGCCAUGCCCUGAUGGGAAGAUUUCAAACAAGAUUGACAUGAGUUCCUGUUUCAGCUGCCCAGAAGAUCAAUAUUCCAACAUGAAGAGAGACGGAUGCAUCCCCAAAAUAAAAAGCUAUCUGUCUUAUGAAGAACCUUUAGGAAUCAGUUUAGCCUCCCUUGCUAUUUCUUUAUCCCUGAUUACACUGUGGGUGUUAGGAAUCUUUAUUAAGUAUAGAGAUACUCCCAUUGUCAAAGCCAACAACCGAGCCCUCACCUACACUCUCCUGGUCUCCCUUAUGCUCUGCUUUCUCUCAUCUUUGCUGUUCCUGGGCAAACCUGGGAAAGUGACCUGCCUUCUUCGCCAACCAUCUUUUGGCAUCGUCUUCUCAGUGGCUGUUUCUUGUUUGCUGGCAAAGACUACCAUUGUUUCUUUAGCCUUCAUGGCCACAAAGCCAGGAUCCAGAAUGAAGAAAUGGGUGGGGAAAAAUGUGUCCAACUCUAUUGUCCUUUCCUGCUCCCUUAUUCAAGCCAGUAUUUGUACUAUGUGGUUGGCAACUUCUCCCCCUUUCCCUGAUUUAGACAUGUUCUCGGUAACAGAAGAAAUCAUUCUGCAAUGUAAUGAAGGGUCCACAGCAAUGUUUUACUGUGUCCUUGGCUACAUGGGCCUCCUAGCCAUUGCCAGUUUCAUUGUGGCAUUCCUAGCCCGCAAGUUACCUGAUAGUUUUAAUGAAGCCAAGUUUAUUACCUUCAGUAUGUUGGCAUUUUGCAGUGUGUGGGUUUCAUUCCUUCCAACUUACCUGAGUACAAGGGGAAAAUAUAUGGUGGCUGUGGAGAUUUUCUCCAUUUUGGCCUCCAGUGCUGGUUUACUGGGUUGCAUAUUUUCGCCGAAAUGCUACAUAAUUUUGUUCAGGCCGGAGCUUAACAGCAAGGAGCAACUAAGGAAAAGAUAA